AUGCCGCCACCCACAGCUCCAGCGGCACCAUCCAUUACAGAAGCGUCGCCAACCAGUCUGCGUGUUUCGUGGCCAAGACCAUUGGACGAUACAAAUGGAACUUUUGUCUACAGAGCAACUGCUGUAGCCACUAAACUGAUGAUGCCCCAUAUCAAGGACAGCUGCAAGACUAGCUCCAACGACAGCAUUCUCUCCUGUGCGAUAUCAGGCCUGCUUCCAGACACGACUUAUACCGUAACCGUUAUCGGGUGUUCUCACAAACUCUGCAGCAGCUCCUCAGCACCCACGGAAGUUCGAACACUGCCAGGAGCUCCUACCCACAUCCGAGUAGGCGACUUGUCAGCAACCAGUGCCAAUGUGUCUUGGACGUGGUCGCCAGGCCCCCAUAAUUACCAAGUCACCGUUGCAACGGGAGUGCAUGAGAAAGGCAUGUCCGAAUGCACGUCUUUUGAUGGGGCACAUUGCAUGCUCACGGGUAUGCACCCGGACACUGUUUACAAUAUCUAUGUUGUCGCCUGCUCAGUGGUGACAGUACAGUGCAGUUUGCCCUCGGAAGUACCGAUUACGGUCAAGACUCUGCCAACGGCUCUUAACAACCUCCAAGUAUCCGACAUCACAUCAGUGAGUUUCACUGUCGCCCGGCCGACGUCGGAGGGCAUAAAAGAAAACACAACUGUCAAAUAUCACUACUUUGCCACGACUGCGGAUGGUGCAAAUAUAGUAUCUAACUGCACAAUAAUUUCUGAGACACAGUGCAUUCUCGCUGGACUGCAUCCAGACACCCUGUACAAUAUCACGAGGGUGACAUGCUCCAUAUUGACAGAAGAGUGCACUCCUGCCUUGAUAGCACCCAUUUCGGUCAGGACAUAUCCGGCAGCUCCCACCCAUAUCCAAGUAACCGACUUGACAGAAACCCGUGUCAAUGUUUCCUGGACAUGGCCGCCAGGCGUCCAUACUUCCCAAAUCAUCGUUGCAACGGCAAUGACGGAGGAAAUCGUGGCCGACUGCGCGAGUUUUCAUGAGGCACACUGCAUGCUCAUUGGUCUUCAUCCGGACACCGCAUACAAUAUCACUGUAGUGGCCUGUUCCGUGGCGACAGUACAAUGCAGUCCGCCCUCUUUAGUACGCAUUACGGUCAAGACUCUGCCAGCAGGUUUGCACUUUACCUUCCAUCACUUCGAUCCUGUAAUGCAGCUGUUAUGUUAG